AUGACAGCACAGACAGUAGCGCAAAAUUUUUUUAAGCACUGGAUAGCCAGAUUUGGUUGUCCUGUAAGAAUUACUACUGGCCAAGGCAGACAGUUUGAGAGUGAUUUGUUCCGUGCUCUCUCUCAGCUACUAGGAAUUAAAAGGAUAAGAUCUCCUUAUCAUCCUCAGGCCAAUGACCUGAUCGAGGAGUUCCACCGCCCAUUAAAGGCAGCUUUGAAAGCCUACAACACAGAUCAGUGGUCUGCAGCACUGCCCACCUUGUUACUCGGAUUCCGGCCCGUCUUCAAAGAGGAUCUACAAGCGACGACUGCUGAGCUGAUGUAUGGCAAGUCUCUGCGGCUACCGGGAGAAUUUUUCGAUCCAACACUUGGAGAUGCAUCACCCAAGCAGCUCGUGGAGGACUUAAAACGUCAUUUUGCAACGAUGAGGCCAGUUCCAACGUCCUGUCAUGGACAAAGGACAAUCUUUGUGCAUCCUCAUCUCAACGUGUGUUCACAUGUAUUUGUGAGACAUGACGUACGUAAACCUCUACAAGCACCAUAUGAUGGACCAUACAAAGUUCUUGUCAGGCGACAGAAAACUUUUGAUUUCGAGAUCAAGGGAGCUUCCCAUACCAUUUCUAUAGACCGUUUGAAGCCUGCUUUUAUAAUUCCUCCUGAGUGUUCAAGUAUACCACCAGCCAAGCAAGAAGCAAGUUCCACUAUUAAGUGUACUAAGACACUUCCAGUUGAGACAUCCAUCCUCGUUCCAACAAGGCAAACAACUCGCACUGGGCGACAAGUUCGACCUCCACGUCGUUAUGUUCAUUUCCAAUGA